AUGGUACCCAAGGUGACAUCAGGCGACUGGGCACCCUGUGGUGACUAUCGUGCCCUCAACAGCGUUACCAUUCCCGAACGGUACCUCGUACCUCAUCUUCAGAAUUUUGCGGGAACCCUUUUUGGCCAAGCGGUUUUCUCCAAGAUUGAGCCGGUGUGGGCUUUUCCUCAGAUUUCGGUCGUCCCUGAGGACAUCCCGAAAACUGCCGUCACCACACCCUUCGGCCUCUUCGAAUUCAUCCGCAUGCCGUUUGGUCUUCAUAAUGCCGCCUCAACGUUCCAGAGGUUAAUCGACCAUGUUUUACGUGGUCUAGCCUUUGUGUAUGCCUACAUUGAUGACCUCUUGGUGGCCAGCCGGAAUGACGAAGUACAUAAAGAGCAUGUUACCUUGGUGUUUGACUGUCUUGACAAGUUCGGUGUUGUCAUCAACCCCUCCAAGUGCGUGUUGGCUGUGCCCUCGCUCGAGUUUCUCGGCCAUCAUGUAGAUUCUGAAGGUUUGCGUCCCCUCCCCUCCAAGUUUAAGGCAAUUCGUGAUUUCCCUCCACCAACUUCCAAGCGUCAGCUGCAGCGAUUCCUCGGCAUGGUCAAUUUUUACCACCGGUUCCUACCGUACUGUGCUGACCUCAUGCUGCCGCUCACCAACAUGCUUUCUGGUCACAAAGGUCCCCUCGAGCUCACUGGUGAGGCACUGACUGCUUUUGAGAGAAUCAAGAAUCUCCUUGCCGACGCCACCUUACUCACGCAUCCCGCUCACGAAGCUCAGCUGUCCCUGAUGGUGGAUGUUUCAACCGUAGCCGUAGGUGCAAUCCUUCAUAAACACCUUGCUGGUUUGACUGAACCAAUGGCCCUUUUCACCUUAAACCCCUUGCUGGCUGAGAACCGCUACAGCACCUUUGGUCGUGAACUACUUGCCAUUUACCUAAUUGUGAAGCAUUUAGGACUUUUCUUUGAAGGUCGGGACUCCAUCGUUUUCACGGACCACAAGUCGCUGACUUUCGCUCUUCGUUCCCACUCCGACAAGUACAAUCCGAAAGAGAUCGCCCACUUGGACUACAUCUCUCAGUUCACCACCGACAUCCGUCACAUUGAUGGCACGAAAAAUGAGGUGGCUGAUAUGCUGUCCAGGCCCUCACUAUCCACCCUCCAACUCUCACACGGGAUCGACCUUGGCGCCAUGGCGGCUGAGCAACAACGAGUCGGCUGUUCUGGCGUCCAGUCCGUUAGUGAUCUCCAACUCAAAGACGUUCCUCUGACCACCGGCUCUGGUACCAUACUUUGUGACGUCUGGACUCCUUUGCAUAGCCCUUUUGUGCCCGCCUCAAUGCGUCGAGCAGUGUUUCAAACUCUGCAUGGACUCUACCACACUGGGAUCCAAGCUUCUCAAAAACUCCUCGCGGAAAGGUUCGUCUGGCCUGGCAUGAACAAGGACGACAAAGCUUGGGCCCGAUCGUGUCUGAGAUGCCAGCGGAACAAGGUGCAGCGUCACAACAAGUCCCCACCAGGCACUCUCCCCAGCACCGACGCACGGUUCAGCCAUGUGCACCUGGAUGUCGUAGAUCACUUGCCUCCAUCUGAUGGCUAUACUUGCCUUCUUACUUGCGUCGAUCGGUACACCCGCUGGGCUGAAGCCAUUCCUUUGCAGAACGUGCAGGCUGAAACCAUUGUAAAGAUUUUCGUCAGUCGUUGGGUCGCCAUGUUCGGUGUCCCCUCCACGGUUACGACUAAUCGUGGUGCCCAAUUUGAGUCUGCACUCUUACAAACGCUUCUCAAUUUUCUCGGCUGCACACGCAUCCGGACGACAGCCUUUCACCCAGGUGCCAACGGUAUGGUUGAGCGUUUCCAUCGCCAGCUAAAGACCACCCUGCGUGCUGUAGAAGACCCUGGGAACUGGUCAGACAACCUUCCCCUUGCACUCCUCGGCAUUCGCGCAGCUCUGAAGUCGGAUUUGGACUGUAGUGCCGAUGAGAUCCCUGACAAUUUUGUGCAUAGCCUGCGGCGAUUCACGCCCUCGCUUUCCCCGGUUCCGCGUCGAACUCCAACGACCGAAUCUUAUCUCGAAAAAGGCUUGGUCAACUGCACUCAUGUGUUCGUUCGGUGUGACCGAGUGCGCCAGCCGCUGGAAUCACCAUGCAAAGGACCGUUCCGUGUGCUCGCACACAACACCAAGACCUGCCGGAUCCUUCGGGGUGACAAGGAGGAUGUGGUCAGUGCCGAUCGGGCCAAGGCUGCUGUCGCGGAGGAGCCGUCGGAUUUGCCUCAAGAACAAAACUGUGCUGCCCCCCUACUCCGUGAUCCUCCAAACUACCUACCCCGUGCUCCUCCACCUUCCCAACCUUCUCCUACCCCACUUCCCUCCACCGCCUCCGACCCUUACUCUUCCAAUGCCACUGGCAUUCUCGUAGUGGCCGUCGCGUCCACUUUCCCGACUGCCUUAUCACUCAAGUGUAUUAACAUUGCAUUUACCUUCGGCGUCGUUUUUACUCCGGCCUUCGGUCUGGGCGGAGGUUACUGUAGUAGCCCUUUGUCAUAUUUUUGCUCAUACAUUGCCUUUUAUAGUUAUUCUACUUGCUAUGCAUUUACUAGAUUCACACUUAUCUCAUUUUUGUUUAAGUCAGUGCUUAUGCAACGGUUACGCGCACACUCCAACUAGUGUGAGUUUCGGUUCGACCAGUUGACUUUUCACCCAUUGCGUUAGUUCUUCGUUGGGCGACGUUGACAGUAAAGUCCGUUCGGGCACGGUCGUCUCGCUUGACUUUUCUCAAUUAAGUCUUAACGUGGGAUCGAGUUAUCGAUUGCCUUACCUGCCAAAGCUCUCUGACUUCUACUGGCGGCACCAUUAUUUGUGAAUUCCCCACCACCGCUCACCGUCCCUUUCUGUCGCCAUUUUACCAACGUACAUACCUUUUCUCCCUGCAAAACGUUUUUGAGCCUGGCAGUUGAAGGAUUAACAAACCGGUCCCUGUCCUUCUCACCGGUCCUGGGAUGCCCCGAAAGAUCAAAGUUUGGUCAAAGAUAUGUCCGGGCUGUCAAAAAAACAAGGCUCCUAUGGAAACCAUUCUCGGUCUCUGUGUUGGGUUCAUCCAUAUAGUCCUAUGCAAGCUUAUCUCUGUGCUUUGAUUUAACCAGUGGCUGGAAAUUAUCCACAUGUGGAGGUUCAGCUCUGGUCAGGGCAUUCCCUGGCCAUUGUGUUGCCAUUUUCAGUGCUCAUUAUAUCAUCACUACUGACCGGGGGCACGAACCGAAAUUCAGACUCCCUGCUGUUUUUAGGCCUUACACGCAUCCGGAAGACAGCUGAAAACCCAGCCGGCAAGUGGAUGGUCGAAUGGUUUCCCUGCCAGCGGAAGACAAUACUAUGCGCUGCAAAGGAGACAAGAAACUGGACGGACCUGCUGCCCUGUACGUUCCGCCGUUGA